AUGCCACGGUUCGUUACUCCUCCAGACAGCCCGAAGAAGAUGCUUCGGUCGCUGGAUCAUGAAAAUGCCCUUGAGCGUCCCAUUGACCUCGAGAAUCGGCGUCUCAUCGGCUCCACCCGAUUUGAGCCUCGAGGCGAUAUCAAAAACAUUUUGAUCACUGGAGGAGCUGGUUUCAUCGGAGGCUGGGUCACUCGGCACUUAGCGUUGCAAUACCCUGAAUACAACGUGAUCUGCCUCGAUAAGCUCGAUGUUGUCGCAUCGCUCUCAAAUAUUGACUGCCUAGAGUCACUCCCAAACUUUCAGUUUGUGCAUGGGGAUUUGACCGAUCAGGCUGCUAUCUCGCGGGUGCUCUCCGAUCACAAUAUUGAUUGUGUGAUGCACUUUGCUGCCUACUCGCACGUAGAGAACUCAUUCGGGGAUCCCCAGAGCUUCACCCUCAACAACGUUAUCGCUACCCAGCGACUCCUUGAGGCUAUUCGUCACCAUCAAGGACCAAUCCAGGUCCGUCGUUUCAUUCACGUCAGCACUGAUGAGGUGUAUGGCGAUGUUGUGGACGGUGCCUGCGACGAAUCCAAGCAAUUCAUGCCCACUAACCCGUACUCAGCUUCCAAGGCUGCCGCCGAGAUGUACGUCUGGGCUUACGCCAAGUCAUUUGACAUUCCGGUUAUGGUUGUUCGGAGUAACAAUGUGUUUGGGCCUGCUCAGUAUCCCGAGAAAAUCAUUCCCCGUUUUUGCACUCUGUUGAUGCAGCAGCAGCCGCUCACAAUCCAAGGCACUGGCUUGAACGUCCGGCGCUACCUCUACGGAGCCGAUGCGGCCGAUGGCUUCGACACCGUGUUGCACAAGGGCGUGAUCGGCGAAGCAUACAACAUCCAGUCUUCACAUGGCGUCACGAACCUCGAGGUUGCUGUGCGCACACUCGAAUUAUUCGGCUACAGCCCCCGCGACUUCCACCGUUGCCUGUCUUGGAUUCCCGACCGUCCAUUCAACGACCAUGACUACUGGGUUGACGGCUCUAAGCUGGCAGCCUUGGGAUGGCGCCAACGUGUCCCAUUCUCUGAAGGUUUGAGGGCCUCGGUUGAGUGGUACCGCAAGAACUUGUAUGCUUGGUGGCCCCAAGUGUCGCAAACGGUCAAUGCCAUGUCGACUGUGACUAAUCAUACGGCUUUGAAUGCCACAGCGAAAGGCAUCGAUACAGUCAAGGAACCUUGCGAUGAUGAAUGUAUGGAAGAGUCCUCUGGGAGGACUACGCCAGUGAUGAUAUCUAUGUGA